AGCAAUUUAAAUAAUGGUAACGUCUAAAUUGAUCCGUAUCGGUCAAGACACAAAGCCCGGAGCUCUUUAAAAAAAUUUUGAUCGCAAAAAAAAAGGUGUAUAGGCAUGAAAAUGAUGGAGUUUGUUCGAAGAAGGGUUUGAUUGGGUGUAUCUGGAGUCAUGGAGGAAGAGUUUGAUCCAUUGUCGUUAUUCAGUCCUAAUGAGGUUAAGAUUGAUGAUGUUAAUGACUUAGUGUAUGAAUAUCCUACUACUUCUGAAGAGACUAUACCGUCAAGUACCAAUGAUGAAGAAGUACAAUCAAACGAUGAUGAUGAUGAAGAACAACCAUUGCAUAUUUUAGAUUUGCCAGCAUUAAUACGAAAACCACCAUAUGAAGUUCUAAUCACUAUUUUAAAGUUAUUUGGUCCUGAAGAAGUAUUAAAUUUUGGUCCUGGUUCAACCCAACCAGAUCAAUCUAGUCCAGAAGAUAUAUUUCUUCAGAAGUCCAUCAAUCAAGAUAUUAUCCAAAAAGCAUUACCAUGGUUUAACUUACACUGUCCUCGAUUCAACACUGAAUUGAAGUUAUCAUCUAUUCCAAACCUAAGCAUCUCCUUAAAACAAGAUAAGGACUAUAAUGCCUACCUCACAAGAAUUAUUUCGAAUGAUUUACAUUGGAUAACAGAUGAUGAUCAAAUACAACAAAUUCAUAAGGAAACAUCAUUAAGAAUCAGUGAAAAUUGUGGGAAAUCAGCCCAGCCUGAAAUGAUCCGUAGAAUAACCUUACCCAAUUUCAAACCGAUUAUUUAUCUCAAGGAACCUUCAUUGACUGAUGAUAAUAUUGGGUUUAAGACUUGGGGUGCGUCAUUCAUAUUAGCCAAUCGAUUGAUUAAUAAACAAACCCAUGAUGGAUAUCUUGUAAAUAAUGUGUUGGAGUUGGGAUCAGGUACGGGGUUGGUAGGUAUGAUUUGUGCGUUGUUGGGGUUUGAUACUUGGUUAACUGAUUUGAAUGAAAUUGUCCCAAAUUUACAAGAUAAUGUAAAUCUUAAUAAUCUUGAUGCUAAAGUUAAAGUUGAUGAAUUAAAUUGGUGUGAUCCAGCUUCAUUUAAGAAUAAGUUUGGGAAAGAAUUCACUUUCGAAACUAUAGUUGUAAGUGAUCCUAUUUAUUCACCUCAACAUCCAUAUUGGUUGGUGGAUAUGAUUGAAACAUUUACAUCUCUGAAAUCAAAUGCUCGAGUCUUGAUUCAAAUUCCGUUACGUCCCAAAUUUGAAGCUGAAAGACAAUUAUUAUGGACAUUAAUGGAUAAUCGAUUUAAAGUUAUUGAAGAAGAAAUUGAACCUGGAUUUGAUGAUUAUGGUGAAAUGAAAUUUUUAUUUAAAUUGUAUAUUAGAAAGUAAUGGCCAUACACAUAAAGUCAUAUAUAUGUCUAUAAAAA